AUUUUCGAAUUGUGGCUUUGUGGUCACACCCCGACACAGGUGUUAAAUAAAGCAGCUUUAAAGAAAGCUCUUUUUGGUUUUUAAAGAAAAAAGUGACUGAACUCAUCAAUCUACACAAGGUACGACGCCAUUUGCUGUUUAGGCGAAAAUUCUAGCGGCAAUAUAUAAACGCGUGCGCAUACAUACAGAUACACGCGCACAAAAUACCAAUACAAGUGCAAGCGAAUAACAGAAACAGCAGCAGCAACAACAACAGCAAUAAGAGCAGCAGCAGCAGCAGUAGAUCGUCAUGCCACGAGGAAAGUAUGUUAACCACAAAGGCCGCAGCCGUCACUUUACGUCGCCCGAAGAGCUGCAACAGGAGUCCGAGGAGGAGAGUGACUCCAGUGGCAGCGAGCAAGAGGAACAAACUGCGGCCGGCACCUCAUCCUCCAAACAGCCGGCAACAGCGACAGCAACAUCAUCAGCACGCAAACCCGCAAGGCCACAGCAGCGACAAAAGCAGCAGCAACAGCAGCGACAGGGCAGCUCAUCGGAUGAGGAAUCGGAGGAUGAUUCCGAUGAUGAUUCGGAGUCAGAAGCACGUGAUGCAAAGAAGGGCGUGGCUUCGCUCAUCGAAAUCGAGAAUCCCAAUCGUGUGACCAAAAAGGCCACACAGAAGCUAUCGCAAAUCAAAAUCGAUGAUUCCACUGGCGGCAGCGGUGGCGCCAAACCCGAAUUGUCGCGUCGCGAACGUGAACAGAUCGAAAAGCAGAAGGCACGACAGCGCUACGAGAAACUGCAUGCGGCUGGCAAAACCACCGAGGCGAAGGCGGAUCUGGCGCGUCUCGCCCUAAUCCGGCAGCAACGUGAGGAGGCAGCUGCCAAACGUGAGGCGGAGAAGAAGGCGGCCACCGAUCUGGGCAAGAAGCCGCUCUCCAAGUAGUCACCUUGUUGUGGACCAAGCAAACAGCAAAAUACAACUGCGAAAUUAAUAACAAAACGAAAAAAAACAGUCUCGCAAUUUGGGAUUGUGGCAAUUGGGACGCUUAGUUAAGAUCAGUUCGCGUUUCUUGUUUCUUUGAUCAUGAUCCAUCAAAUAAUUGGUAUAUACAAAUAAAACAAAAACUUUAUAUAGUUAAGUUUCAAAAUCCCAAAUGUCUAACGACAACCAAAUUUAUUUUCUAUCCUCUCUUAUUUUUUAACGCAGUCUUUUUGUAAUUGAGAAUUAUAUAAAUAAAAUUAUAUAUACACAUGUA